AUGCGUUCCAACUUCUUCCUCGUGGCGCUGCUCCUCAUCACCCUCGCAGUGUGCGUCCAAGGUGAUGACACGCACCGAAGCCUCCGGUCCAGCGUCACCACGCAGGACGCCGAGGCUGAGGAGAGAGUGGACUUGAAAGGGGCUGCAGGCAAGUUUUCGUCGUUGGUGAGGGAGAAGAGCGGCAACGUGUUGGAAAAGUACCCGUCGGUCGCUGCGAUGCUGGGGAAAAACCCCGCGCUGGCCAAGGGCAUGGACAAGAUUAUCAAGAACGAGAAGCUGGUGGCAGACCUCAAGAAGACCAAGUCGUUCAAGGACCUCCGGACCGCCAUCCGCGCCAACCCGCAGGCGGUGGACUCGGCCAAGGCCGAGCAAUUCGGAAAAAUUAUGGUCGAGAGACUCCGGGGGAUCCAGUGGGUUGGAGACACCAAGGGCAUGGCCAUCGUGUAUAGCAUCUUGUUCCUGACCCUGCUUGGAAUCGGCGGGACCGGCUUCUACAUCUACAACAACGUCAAGAACAGUUAUAUCCAUUAG